AUGGAGGAGGAUCCGCCUCCGCCUCCGCCUCCGCCUCCGCCUCCGCCUCCGGCGGCUUCGGAGUCGCCCCCCGCGCCGUCGUCCCCGUCCCCGUCGCCGUCGCCGUCGCUGAACACGGACCACGACGCGUGGCACGUCGCGCCCGAUGGAUCUACGCGCGCGACGACCUGGCCUCUGCUCGCGCGCGAUAUGAGGGUUCCGAACCACUACGCCGCGCUCCUCGCGCUCGCGGGGGAGACCCCGGAGACGGCGCAGCAGAUCGAGAAGGACCUUCCGCGCACGGGCGCGACGUUCGCGGUGCAAGGGCUCCUCAAGCCAGGGCUGCCGAUGUGGGACUCGCUACGGAACGUCCUCACCGCCUACGCAGCGCACGACCCGCGGACGGGCUACGUCCAGUCCAUGAAUUUCCUCGCCGCCUUUCUCCUCCUCGCCGGCGUCUCCGAAGAAGACGCGUUCUGGUCCCUGUGCGCGCUCGUGAACGUCGUCGUCCCGGGGUACUUCAGCGAGGGCAUGGCGAGCGCGAAGUUAGAUCAGAGGGUCUUCUCGCGCCUCCUGCACGCGCACCUCCCCGGGGUCGGACUCCACCUCGAGUCGCUCGCGCCGGAUAACAUCGUGUGCGGCAUCAUAAGCUCGCAGUGGCUGCUCACCUUGUUCGUGAACGUCCUGCCGACGGAGGCGACGAUGCGCGUGUGGGACGAGGUGUUCAAGGCGAAGAACCGCGCGCCGCUGUUCGCGUCGUGCCUCGCGCUGCUGUCGCCGAGCGCGGACGACGUCAUGGCGUGCUCGGAGAUGGGCGAGGCGAUCGAGCUGUUGCAGCGGCUGGGGAGCGAGGUGGACGUGGAGGGGUUCGUCGCGAGGGUGAAAACGCUUCUUGAGGGGCCGUUACACCCCUCGAAGUUCGAUAUCGAGGUCGCUCGCGAGCGCGGGAGGCGCCGGAGAAAGUCCGACGACGGGCUCCCGCAGUCCGUGAGGGACACGCCGCCGUUGACGGAGACGGACGAGAUCGUCUCGGGGAUCGUGAGGCGCGUUCUAUGCACUGAUCCCCAUAUGACCGCGUCGGCGUGGUGA